GUUGCUUUCCUUAAGCCUCUAUUAGGGGGAUCCCCGGGCGACUGCAGCAACGCCUGUUUUGAAAAAUCGCGAGCCUUGAAACAUACAAGCUGCUGGCUGCUAGGUUUGGUUCAUACGGUACAUAUUAACAACUUCAGAGUCCGUUACAUACGUGCUGCAUAAAAGAUGUCUUUGGAGGUCCAAGCCAAGUAUGACCGCGGUUAUCAAGAGGAGGGCCAGGGCCUAGUGGAGGUCAACAAUUCUGCGGGGCCGUCAAAGGCAGGGACGACAAAGUUUGGGGAUGACGAUGACCUUCUGCCAGUUGUUCUGGAGCGCUAUCUGGAGAAGGCUGGUGUAAUGCAAAAGCUCCGUCCUUACCUUGACAUCACUGGCCAAGUCAAGAACGAGUUUGCUCGCUGCCUUAUGGCGGAGUUUUUCGGCACGCUUUUGUUCCAGAUGUUCGGUGGUUCCGCUCCCGCCAAGGAUACCACCGCCCCCGCUGCAAACGGUUUCGCGCUGGUUGCCGUCAUCUACGCCUUCGCCAACAUCUCCGGCGCGCACAUUAACCCCGCCGUUACCUUCGCGUUGAUCUGCACGGGCCACAUGAAGUGGUGGAAGGGCCUGCUCUACAUGAUUGCCCAGAUCCUCGGUGCCAUUUUCGGCGCGCUCAUCUACACCGGCCUCAUCCCCACGCUGCAUCUCGGAGCCGGUGCUGGCUCGCCUGGCUGCUUCGGGCCUUCCGCUGGCGUCCGCAACGGCGACGUGUUCGGCUGGGAGACGAUGAUGACCUUUCUGCUCGUCAUGACCGUGUACGCCGCCGCAGUGGCCAAGCCGGGCCACGGCAACACCGCUCCCCUGGCCAUUGGUCUGUCGCUGUACGCCGCUGCCAUCUCCGGUGGCCCCUACACCGGCGCUAGCUUGAACCCCGCCCGUACGAUUGGCCCCGCCGUCGUCUUCACCUGCAACGUCGGCAUCUCCUUCCUCUACAUCGCUGCCGAGCUCUUCGGUGCCGCCCUGGCAGCUGGCCUCUCCAUCUUCCUGUACGGCCGCGCGCCCACCAGCGUGCGCAGCCUCCCUAUCGGCAUGUGAGCGGCUGGCGGUAACAGGACGUGGAGUCUGCCGGCUGACAACGCCCGGGGGGCGUUAAGGAAACACUGGACUUGAAUGGUGAAAUGUGUCGUUUUGGGAAUACCUGACAGGGUUAGGGGAUUAAGGCAGGUGGGUUUGCGCGACAAGCAGUAACUGGUGGUGUAGGAUUGUUUCGUGACGGUGGUAACCGUGACUGUGUUUGGCUGUGACUUGGGUGCAUGGGAAUACUAAGGAUCGUGGCGACAUACACGAAUGUCAGGAUCGUGACCUCAUUGAGACUUGAUCCGUUCUUGGAACUAGGGCGUGCUCAACCGACCUCUGUUUUCCGGAUUAUGAGUAGCUAAGGCAAACCUAUAGGGCGCCUUGCCACAUGCCCAUGCUUUGCUCAACAUUUUAUGCGGCGCGCUCUUUGUUGUUAACGUGCGUAUCGUGUCCCAUGCAUGCUAAUGGAAUCACCGGUUACGUAUCCAUUGGCAUCAGCUUUGACGGCUGCUUACAGGCGCAUGCAUUGGCAACUCCUUGCCAACCAAAGCUGUAACUGUGCUAGUUAUCGCA